AUGGGAACCUUGACAGCCAACUUGCAUGCCAUGAUGGCUGCAUUUUAUCGACCCACCGCUGAACGUUUCAAGAUCAUCAUCGAAGCCAAGGCUUUCCCAUCUGAUCAUUACGCUGUGACAUCCCAGAUUCAAUUACACGGUUACGACCCUUCCGUAUGCUUGGUAACCAUUGCUCCUCGACAAGGGGAAGCCACGUUACGCACAGAGGAUAUUAUCGAGGCCAUUCAAAAGGAUGAUGCCAUUGCCCUUGUCUUAUUGAGUGGUGUCCAGUACUACACUGGUCAGUUUUUUGAAAUGGAAAAGAUCACUAAAGCAGGCCAUGAUCAGGGCUGCGUAGUAGGCUGGGAUUUGGCGCAUGCUGUGGGUAACGUGCCAUUGAAAUUGCACGAUUGGCAAGUUGACUUUGCUUGCUGGUGCACUUACAAAUACUUGAACUCGGGUCCCGGUAAUAUUGCCGGCGUGUUUGUCCAUGAAAACCACUUCAACGACAAGAAACGGCCACGUUUGGCAGGCUGGUGGGGCAACGAUAAGACAAACCGUUUCGAUAUGGCUCCCCUGUUUCGACCGAGUGAAGGUGCCUCUGGAUACCAAAUCAGUAACCCAAGUGUCAUCAACGUGGCCUCCUUGAUGGGCUCCUUGGAGCUCUUUGAGAGCGCUACCAUGCCCAAACUGCGUGAGAAAUCCUUGCGCUUGACCGCGUAUCUUGAAUACCUCUUGAUAACCAAGCUUCAGAAAAAACAUAUGGAAGCUGGUCACUUUGAGAUUUUGACCCCAAGCAAUCCAGAGGAGCGUGGUUGCCAGCUUUCUUUGGAUUUCCCUGAAAAGAUGUUGACCAUCUUUGAUGCCUUGCAGUCGCGCGGCGUUGUUUGUGACGAGCGCAAGCCUACUGUCAUUCGUAUUGCGCCUACCCCAUUGUACAAUACCUAUACCGAUGUAUAUUACUGUGUAUCCUACUUGGAGGAAAUUUUGGACCAAGUUUUUGCUUAA